GGCAGGAGGCUCCGCGCUCGCUGCCCCCCAAAAGUCGGGCGGGAGGAGGAGGAAGAGGAGGAAGAGGAGGAAGAGAAGAAGGCGGCGGCACCGCGGCACUCAGGGAGAGAGCAAGAGCUCGUGAGGCACCAUGGAGAUGGCUGUUGUGGAGGACGUGCUCCUGCCCACCAACCUCACCUCCAGCAACCAGAGCAGCUGCAAUGUGCACAACCAACACUUCUCAACCAAAGUCAUCUUCUCCCUUUUCUACACCAUCCUGCUGGUGUUCGGUGCCUGUGGGAAUAUCCUGGCCCUCUGUAUCACCUUCCAGCGCAGGAAGAAGAAACUCAACUCCACCAACCUCUACCUGGUGAACCUGGCGCUCUCCGAUGCCCUCUUCACCCUGGCACUGCCGGGCAGGAUCACCUACUACAUCCUGGAGUCUGACUGGCCCUUUGGGGACUGGUGCUGCCGGAUCACAGCUUUCCUUUUCUACAUGAACACCUACGUGAGCAUCUACUUCAUGACCUGCGUGAGCGUGGACCGCUACGUGGCCGUGGUGCGCACCCGGCACCCCGGCAGGAUUCGGAAGAUGAGCCGGGCCAGGGCCAUCUGCGUCCUCAUCUGGGCCUUGGUGUUCCUGCAGACGGCUCCGCUGCUCCUGCGGCCCAUGACGCGCAGGAUGGGAAACAAGCUGACCUGCAUGGAGUACUUCAACUUCGAGGAGAUUCCCAAUCUGCCCUACCUGCUCCUGGUGGCCUGCAUGCUUGGCUUCUUCCUGCCUGUGGGAAUCAUCUUGGUGUGCUAUGUGAGGAUCAACCUCAAGCUCUGCCAGACGGCCAAGGAGAACCCGCUGACGGUGAAGAACGGGCACCACCACCGGGCCUUCACUGUCAUCCUGGUGGUUCUGCUGGCUGUCCUGCUCUGCUUCAGCCCCUACCACCUCAACAUUGUCCAGUUCAUGGUCAGGAAGAUCCUCUACCAGCCGUCCUGCCGUGAGCAGCAAGCCUUCAAGAUGUCCCUGCAAAUCACGGUGGCGUUCAUGAACCUCAACUGCUGCAUCGACCCCAUCAUCUACUUCUUCGCCUUCCGGGGCUACAAGCGGAGGCUGCUCCGCAUCUUCAGGAACAGCGGCUCCCUGGCCACCUCCUCCACUGCCAAGACCCCCUCAGAGAGCAACAGCAACAGCCAGCCGCCCGGCUCCAGCUCCGUCUAGCAGCACCAGCCCUCCCUUUGCCCUGGCCUGUGGCUUAUGGACCAUUCCUGAUGGCAGGAGGUGGAGUGGAGCUGCAGGACCAGCACCUUCAACAGGCCCAUGGCUCCCCUGCCUGGAACCAGGGGCUCUCACAAAGCCAAGCUGACAGGGACAAAGCCCUGCCUGGCUCUGUGUGCCUGGCUCUGCGUGCCUGGCUCUGUGUGCCUGGCUCUGUGCUCAGCACGGCUGCACCUGCCAGCCUGGAGCACGGAGAGGCUCCUUUUCACCCCAAC